UUUUUGUUGGGCUUCCUCGCGCGUUACCACCGCACUUUGUGUGAGUGGAGAACCUCAUUUAGACAUGGAACGUCCUCACACAGAGGGGAGAUGUGUUAGCAUGGAAGAGUCUUUUUCUGACACACAAUGUCAUGUAGGCAGUAUUUAUUGAGACCUGAAUUCGCUUCUGCAGUCAUCUUAUUGAGAUUAAUACCCCGUGGAUACAGUCGGCUCAACGACAGUUUCUGUGAACAAAUUGGACCGGGAACGGUUUGGCAGUAGCCUACCAGUCUUCCACAAGAAUGAGUAAGUGAUAUCUUCCCGUCCAGCGUUUCCAUGCAACAGCGCAGGAGGCUGUGAAGCCGCGAAGCACACGGAGGGAUAGAUGCUGUUGCAAAGAGCGACAGCACUGUAGAUCUGGCUCUGGGGGAACCCUGAGAGUCUAUUUAACCUCAAUGGAGCGACAAGAUGAUGGAGAUGCUGGGAGCUUGAAACAGCACGGCAGUGCAGAGGAACCUGGUACUCCUCCCCUGGCUUGUGAGCACUCAGGCAGCCUGCAGCAGGAGGGGCCUGACAUGAUGAUGAGGAACGACAAUUACCUGCCAGUUCCUGGUGAAGACAAGAACCUGGAUGUGGACUUCAACGGCACAUCUAAGAGCAAAGAGUCCAUACCCAUGAAAAAUUUUUAUGCGGAUGAUGGCUCACCUCUGUAUCCGCGACUAGGCCCAUUCUUCUCUGAUGGGCAGCGGCGGGUGGACUAUGUGCUGGCGUACCACAUCCAGAAGCCCAGCAGCAUACGGCGUCCAUCAUCCAGGUUCGGGGACAACAACUUCAUCCGACGACUUAGGCGUAGUAUGAGCAUGAGAAGCAGCCGAGCUCCACUGCAGCCAAAAGAAGACCCAGAGAUCGCCGCCCAAAAGCAGCGGACUGACUACCAUGAAGAUGACAAGCGCUUCAGGCGGGAGGAGUUUGAGGAGAAUCUCUUGGAGACAGGGCUGGAGCUGGAAAAGGAUGAAGGGAGUAAGAUCCCUGGAAUCGGCUUCUUGAAGAUCCAUGCUCCUUGGAAAGUUCUGUGCCGUGAGGCUGAGUUCAUGAAGCUGAAGAUGCCAACAAAGAAGGUUUACGAAGUGAAACAAGGCAGCAACCUGGUGGAGAAGAUCCGACUGUUUAUUCACAAAGUCACAGCUCCUCUGCACCCAAAAGUCGAUGCCAACCGGCCACAAAGUGUCAAAUCCCUGUCUCACCCCUUUUCCAGAGAGAAGCAGCAUCUAUUCGAUCUGUCUGACAGGGACAAGUUCUUUGACACCAAGACGAGAAGCUCAAUAGUCUAUGAGGUACUGAAGAGGACAAGAUGCACUAGAGCCAAAUACUCCAUGGGGAUCACCAGCCUGCUGGCUAAUGGUGUCUAUACAUCUGCGUAUCCUCUGCAUGAUGGAGAGAUCGAGGGUAUUAAUGCAGAACCUAAUGACAGGAAGCUGCUGUACGAGGAGUGGGCCAGCUACAGUGUCUUCUACAAGUACCAGCCUAUUGGACUCAUCAGGAAGUAUUUCGGUGAGAAGGUUGGACUGUAUUUUGCCUGGUUGGGGGUCUACACACAGAUGCUGAUCCCUGCAGCCAUCGUUGGAGUCAUUGUAUUCCUUUAUGGCUGUGCCACUGUUGAUGAUAACAUACCGAGUAUGGAGAUUUGUGAUCACAGGAACAACAUCACCAUGUGUCCGCUGUGUGACCGCGCCUGCAGCUACUGGAAGCUGGUGACAGCGUGCGGCACAGCUCGAGCCAGCCACCUCUUUGACAACCCAGCCACCGUCUUCUUCUCCAUCUUUAUGGCCCUCUGGGCGGUUCUCUUCAUGGAGCACUGGAAGAGACGGCAGAUGCGACUGAACUAUGUCUGGGACCUCACAGGCUUCGGAGAGGAGGAGGAGGAGGAACAUAAGGACCACAGCCGAGCGGAGUACGAGUUCCGGGUGAUGCAAAAGACAUUGAAACAUGAACAUUCAACUCCGAAGGGUGAGAAGGUGAAGCUGACAUGUACAGACAGAAUGCCGGCCUACCUGACUACCGUGGUAAUGAUGGGCUUCAUGAUUGCUGUGACAUUUGCCAUUGUCUUUGGAGUCAUCUUGUACCGGAUAAGCAUUAAGGCAGCACUGCACAUGAGCAACUACCCUGCAGCACGGUCCAAUAUCAGAGCCACUGUCAAAACAACCGCUGCCAUCAUCAACCUCAUCAUCAUCAUAAUUUUAGAUGAAAUCUACGGUGCCAUCGCCCGCUGGCUCACCACACUGGAGGUUCCCAAAACAGACAAGAGCUUUGAAGAGCGCCUCAUCUUUAAAACCUUUAUCCUGAAGUUUGUCAAUGCCUUCACACCUAUUGUGUAUUUGGCCUUUUUCAGGGGCAGGCUUGUUGGGCGGCCUGGAAACUACUUGUAUGUUGUUGGAUCGUACAGAAUGGAAGAGUGUGCUCAUGCAGGAUGUCUCAUGGAGCUUUGCAUCCAGCUGUGCAUCACCAUGCUUGGCAAGCAGCUCAUCCAGAACAACCUGUUUGAGAUUGGCAUACCGAAGCUGAAGAAACUGCUGCGGAGGAGGAAGUCAGAGUUGGAUUCAAAGCAAGAGGAGGAGCUAAACAAAACCCUGCAGCGCCAUGAGAGAGACCACAUCCUGGGUCCUUUUGUUGGCCUCAGCCCUGAGUACAUGGAGAUGAUCAUCCAGUUUGGGAUGGUGACUCUUUUUGUUGCCUCCUUCCCUCUGGCUCCACUCUUUGCUCUGCUGAAUAACAUCAUUGAGAUUCGCCUGGAUGCCAAGAAGUUUGUUAUGGAGCUGCGCCGGCCAAUAGCAGCCAAAGCCAAAGACAUUGGCAUCUGGUACAACCUCUUGAGAGGCCUCAGCAAGGUAGCAGUCAUUGUUAAUGCCUUUGUCAUCUCCUUCACCUCUGACUUCAUCCCACGGUUGGUCUACCAGUACAUGUACAGCCCUGACGGCACCAUGCACGGUUUUGUCAAUCACACUCUGUCUUACUUCAACGUCAGUGACUUCCAGCCAGGCACAGCUCCUGUACAGCCAAUGCACCUGGGCUACAAGGUAGAUGUAUGCAGAUACAAGGACUACAGGGAGCCUCCGUGGUCCACUACACCAUAUGAACUUUCUAAGGAGUUCUGGGCAAUUCUGGCCGCUCGCCUUGCCUUUGUCAUUGUCUUUCAGAACGCGGUGAUGCUUAUGAGUGACUUUGUAGACUGGCUGAUCCCAGACAUCCCCAAAGACAUCAGCCUCCAGAUGCACAAGGAGAAGAUCCUCAUGGUGGAGCUUUUUAUGAAGGAGGAGCAAGGCAAAAGGCUUGCAGCAUGGGACAACCACAACCAGGACAACUGCACCUCCCCAUCGUCAGCCAAUGAGAGUCCACCACAGCCCCGCUCACGGCCCGUCUCUAACGCAAACUGCUGUUAAACGGCUAGGGGUCAAGCAAAAUGUUGUUUGGGAAUAUUUGCAGGAAUAACGUGACCUAUAUAGCCCAAACUUUGACGUGCUCGCAUCAGAAUCCUUUAACCCUCAAUACUGGAUGGUUGCCUCUGUCCAACACUGUUCCCAUGUAAUGAUGUUACAUAUUACAGAAGCCAGACCUUGUUUGUUUAGCUAUUAACAGAAAUCCAGUAAGUAGUUAGACAGGACUCACAGGAUUUAUGAUCCCAAAACAUUACUUAUUGGAUGUAUUGGAAAGGAACAAGCCAUAAGCUUCAUUUGACUCGGGGAAUUUCCUUAUUUAUGAGAUCACCAUUCUGACAGAAAAGUGUCUAACCUAAUGUGUGUCUUAUUUUCAAGAAGUUGCUGUCUGCCACCUCACCCUCCUGACUUGAAAGCAGCUUUUAUAUCAAAGACAGCCUCUAUUAAUCCGUCUAAAUGGUCCUCAGAAGAACUUCCUCCAGGUAUCUUACUGCUGAGAUACAAAACACACGGAAAGCCUCCCUCCUGCAAUUCAUGUGUAAAGCUCAGAUAGGCCUUUUUUGCACAAAAACAUAUAAAUGCAGAACAUUAUUGGUGUACUUUUUAAAUAUACAGCAUGGUCAGGAACAUGCUUUGGUUGCUGGCAUAUACAGCAAGAUUUUGGAAGAACUUUUGUCAAGCUGCCUGUUGAUUUGUACUGUUUUAUGUAUGAGCACCAUUUUGGUCAUUCUUACAUUUGUUAUAUCUUGAAUAGGAACAAACUGCCUAACAGUUCUCAGUGCCAUUAUUCCUGGAAGCACAAAGUAACUGGGGUUGCAACGGUUUGAUAUGUUUAUAGCACAAUAACCAUCUCAGAAAAGAUCACUAUUUCACAGUGUAAUGGUCUAUGGUAUUACAUUGGAUGGUAUUUUGGCUGAACAAUGGCUUUACUAAAACCAGUGAAAAUUGUUAUGGCAAACAUGUUAGCAGGUAAUUAUUUGCAAAACUGAUAUUUACUAUUUUAUCCAGCCAGCCCAGUACAUACUGUCCUUUCAAAUUAAGCACCCAAAAACUGGCUGAUUAUCUUACAAAUGAAUGAAUUGCCAACACUGUCUGUCUGUUGCUUGGUGCUGAGCAGGUAGUCUACAGUUGGUUCUAUCUGAGAAACAGUGAGCAAGACUCCAAAUCAAUAAAAGUUGCUCUGUGUCUGCUGACAGUGUAAAUACGCAACAUGUUCAUCAUAUCAAUGUAAAGGUGUUGAUAUGUCAGUUUUUCAGCUUGCAUCUGUGGCCACAGAAUAUGUCAAUCUAUAGCCCCUUUCACCUAUCAACGCUGGACAAUAGUGAGAGAAUCAGAUCUGGAUAUUGUCCACAUUUCCUUGUUCACAGAUGCAUGACACAGCAGGGGCCAGAUUGAAACAUUAACAUUAAACCAUGUUGUUGACAUGUGUUCACACAUAUAGCUCCUCCAGGUUAACUCUGGAUAAAUCCAGAGGUACAGUGCAUGUGUGAAAGGGGCUGAUGUUUACAGAUCCAGUGUCCACACCACCAGAUGCUUCUAAAUCCCACACACUGGACCUUUAAAGAACUUCUCAAUUUACACGUGUUCAUUUGGUGUGUUCUUGAUGCUCAACAUACUAGCUUAGGAUGCAAGUUUACCGAUGCCUGAGUUGAUUCAGACCAAAUUCCUUUCAUUCAUGACAGAAUUCCUCAUCUGUCACAGGUAAACCACAGUUUGGGAAUUCUUGGCUUAUGUAGCUUCAACGAAACUGGAAGUAAAUCGUUUUUGUUUCACUAAUUAGAACCAUAGGAGCCAUUUAUACUUAGCAUGUUGUUAGACAGCAUUAUUCAUUAAAAGGUUUUGCUGAGCAAAACAAUUUUCCCCAUUCCGCCGCUCGUGCUGUUGGUAUUCCAGACUAGCUGGUCAAUGUAGAGAUAAAAAAAGUCAAUUUCAAAUGUGUGUUUAAUCAUUUACAGCAAAGGUGUGCCAGCAGACUUGUGUGAAAACUGAACUUAAAUGUACUCAUGUUUAAAAUGUGUAGUGGUACGAGUAUGUACAGUAUAUACAGUAUGUGACAUCAUGCACAUAAACCAUUAGAAAGCUGCAUCUUGGAACAAAUGGAACUGUGGUACAUGGUUACAUUGAUAGCAAUGGGAGAUUCAAAUUCAAAGUGCAUUUUGUUUUUGCUUAAGUCUCUGACAGUGUCUUGCUCUUAACCUGCCUUAUAUUCUCCCAGCGGCUCUGCUGGCUUAUUUAAGAUUCCUUUUAGUAGUCAUAGGAGUAGUGUCAAACAUGGAGAGGGAGCCCUGUUUCAAUAGUAUUGUCUAUCCUUACAUUAACCACUUAAAUCAUUUGGCAUUUUCAUUUGACUUCUUAAAUAUUUAAUCACAAAUAAUGAAUAAUAUUUGGUUUUGUGUUUAUCAAACUGCAAAAACAUACGUGGGGAAUAACUGGACAUCACUUUGAAAAAGAUACUGUUGACUCAAAUAUCAGGUCACAUGUCUGGUCUGCACUCAGUAAUGUGUCAAAUUCUGCACCAUGCUGUCAAUAUAUAUCAGCCUACCCCAAAUGUAAGCCCUCAACCCAGACUGAAAGAAUGUAUUAUUAUAUUUUUAAUCUUCUGUGAUGUAUAAUCACUUUUAGGUCAAAAUGUUGUAUAUCUGUUUUUUCUAUCGCAACCAUGCAUUUCUAAGUGUAUCUAAUUUGCUGAAAGGGUUUUAUCAACCAUCAACAAGAGACCCGAUGAUAGUGAUAUUCUUUAACCAACUGUCUUCAUUUUAAUUCAUUACUUAAUGUACUAGAAACCAUAAAUACGGACCUAUAUUUGGCUGUAUCUUUAAAGAUGUCUGUGUCCUCUAAUACAGCCUGCAAAGAUACCGUGUCUGUGAUACUUUUCCUUUCAAGCAAAACCUGCAGUUUACUUUUACCACAUCUUUAUACUCUUAAUACUGUGUGUGUAAGUAGGGUUAGUGUUGUUCUUCAGUGAUAGAUAACUGCUGCCACAGGGCUGCAGGGUCUUUUAAGGCUAGAAUACUUUUCUCCUCAGAAGCUCUUAUAAAUUGAUGUCACAUGUGAAAACUCUCCCUCGAUGCCCCUCAUGUGAUUUCAUUCUCCGGCUGUCGGUUUCCAUAUUCAAUGUGCAGCGUCAAUAAAACACUACAACAUGUGACCUGCUAAUCUAUUCUAUUAUAAUGUUUGUCAAAGCACAUUACUCAACAUGUUUGAGUGUAUAUGCAUGUAUAACCAAUGUGUCUGUCUCUGAUGUGUUUUUGUUUAAACUAACUGCAAAUAAAUAAGACAUGAAUUGCAUGGAUUGUAGACAUUCAUUUAAAAAUGACUGCUUUCACUUUGUUUUGGUACUUUUUUUUCGCAUCUGUACCACUAAUCAAUUUCUGUCAUUCUAUUAAUAAUUAUAUUUAUUUGUAUUAUUUUCUUGAGUGGCUGAAUGUAAAAUUGUGUACACUGCGGAUGGAUAUUGGUGAGACACACACACAAUAAAAACAUUUAAUUUGCCGAACCACCAGACAUAGCGAUGCCUCUGGUAAAGUAGGUAUUGGCAAUAUGUAACUUUAAAAGCAAUGGUUGCAAACUGCAACUACAGAAUGAACAGUUGAUAACCAUGGAGGUGUUACAAGGGAAAGGACUAGGAGGAAACAUAUUAGUUCCUUUAGCCAAGUACAUUGUGACGGCCACUAAUAAGCUGAAGUAAAAGUGUUGUUUGUUAGUCUGCUAACAAAUCUGAAGGUAACGCUGCCUGCUAUGGUUAAUGGCAGUUUCACACCAAUUCACUGUUGGUGAGCAUAUAUUAACUUCAGUUUUUAACAGGCACAUUAAGUACAUAAAUAUGACUGCCUCAUAAAUAAAAACCCUUAUUUCAGAAAAGCUUGGACACUGUGUAAAUUGCAAAUAUAAACAGACGGCAGUGAUUAAAAAUUCUUUUCAAUUCUACUGAAAAACUACAAUAUAAGGCAAGAUAUUUAAUGUUACUUAUAAAUUUGCGUUUUUUUUAAUGAAAAUAUACACAUAUAUACAUUCUGAAUUUGAUGCAUGCAAGACAUUUGGACAGGGGCAUGUUUUCCACUGUCUUCAUUCAGCUUUUCUUUUUUCAACUUAAUAUGGCCAUUCAACAUUGGCUUUCAACCUUGCCUGUAUGUUGCCGAGAUUUCUCUGCUGUCUCUCAGUCUCUGGAUUGCAGAUGGUGAAAUUCUUUUUGACUGUGCCUUAAAAAACUAUUUCUCAAACUGUUGGGACUAUUUACCUAUCCAGUUUUCAUAAAGUGUUGAAUCCACGCUUGCAAACAUCUGAGCCUUUCGGGGAUGUCCCUUUCAUACCAAUGAACCUGUGGAAUGCUACAAAUGUUUAUGGAGCGUUCCACAACAUUCUUGCUAAAAUGCUGCCACGCUUUUAACCUCAUGGAAUUUUUUAACUGGUUCGACGACACACACACACACAACUACAGUUCACAACACGGCUACACGUGAACCCUGUCUGUGGGUGUAACCACAAAACAUCUCUGAUAAUAACCACCUGUGUGUUUUUCCUGCAUGCCGCAAUGGCACGUAACGUUACAGCCAAUCACUGGCCGCAGUAUCAGAUCUUGAUCACAUGAUUAGCCUCUGGGCACCUAAAGACGAGGCAAAUUUUGAUAGUAGGUAUACUGAAGCAUUUCGGUCGGUGCCAUAAAAGAAUCGAAGUUCGGUACCCAGCCCUACCCAUGGCCCAACUUUGGUAUUUUAUGUUGCUCAAUCUUUAUUUCAUUUAACUUUAUUGAUUUGUGUAGUUUUUGUUAAGUCAACUGUCCCCUCUGUAGAACUAAAUUAAGUCUUGUAAUUCAACUUGGUGAACAAUACUUUUCUUGAUACCAAUUUUAUAAUAUCAAUUCAACUUGUUGAAUAACAGCAUUUCUUCCAUAAGUUUUUCAUCAAACUAUCACAGCUGGACUUACUUUCUAGUACUUCUUGGACUACACGCACAACUAAUGUCAAGUACUUUAUUAUCAGAAUACACAGAUGGGGCCCAAAUGCUUGAAACACAAGACUAAACUUUUCCUUCAAAUUGUUAUGCUGACAUUAUCAUUUG